GACAGUUGAAACCCCUCCAGCGCAUCGCUUUAGCUUGGCUGCGGUGUCACGUCUCCGACUCAAAGAUUUUUUUUUUAAGAAGAAGAAAGAAAAAAGGAAAGAAAAAAAUUGGUGGUAAAAACUGUUGGAAACCCAUCAGGAAGCGGAUUCCGAAGUCCAUUCUUUGUUAUUUUUAUUAUUAUUGUUAUUAUUCAGCAGCAGAAGUUAGAGACCUACUCGGUUUUACCGGCCACUUACGACUUCUGCGCGAGGGACUGCCAGGUUGUGACUGACUGAGCCACCAGAGCUCAAAGUUACAUCAGAGUCAAUAACUCGUUUAAACAAAUUAACAGCCGAGUGACAGGUUAAGUCAUGGGAAUAUUAUCAUCCUUUGAUGUGGAUUGUAAAGCCGUUUGAGCAGAAGCAGCUGAGAGUGCGUCGGGACCAUGUGAGCGGAUUCACGUCGUGCAUGUGGCUUCUGACGUUUCUGGAUAUUUUGAAAAUCAUCGGCAACAGUUGAACCCGACGUCCUUUCCAUCAGGUGUCUUGUCUCGUGGGACCAAAAUGAGACUUUUAGCUUGGUUAUAGGCUAGUUCUCCUGAUAACCCUAUCUUUCGGAAGAUCCAUCCAUGUCUGCCCUGUUUUCUGAGACUCUCUCUGAUGCUUUUAAACAAGUUCGCCUAUCGUACGAUAGGAUUUUAGACAGACUUUCGCGUUGCGCCAUGUCAGUCAUGAACUUGGCCGUGCGCUUGUUGCAGUUGUUUUGUGUGACGCUCCUCUAUUUCUCAGCUGUCAAGAGUGCCUAUAUCCCCAAAGAGAAUGGAGGCAACACAAAUGAGGUUGUGUCCUUUACUGAGGUCUACAAUAAGUCGAUGUGCCGGCCACGGGAGAUGUUGGUAGAAGUCCAUCAGGAGUAUCCUGAUGACAUUGAGCACAUUUUCAUUCCAUCCUGUGUGGUGCUCAUGCGCUGUGCUGGCUGCUGCAAUGAUGAGAUGUUGGAGUGCACACCCACUGCCACACGCAACAUCACCAUGGAGGUGCAAAAAUUAAAACCCCUACGCAUCAAACACAACUAUCCAAUGAGUUUUGCAGAACACACUGAAUGCGAAUGCAGAGUAAAGAAAGACAUACAGGAUAAGAUAGAAAAAAAACCCCGGAAAGGCAAGGGGAAAAGUCAAAAGGGAAAGCGAAAGAAAAACCGCGAGAAAAUGCGGGAUUUUACUCACUGUAAACCAUGCUGCAGUACAUGUUCUGAGAGGAGAAAAAGGUUAUACAUUCAGGACCCUGAAACGUGCCUGUGCACCUGCAAACACUCAGAGGCUGACUGCAAGCAAAAGCAGCUCGAACUAAAUGAGAGGACUUGCAAAUGUGACAAGCCAAGGAGAUGAGCAGUGAUCACCCUAUAUAUGUUUUUUUUUUUUUCUGAAUAAAGGCAUAAACACUAAUAACUAAUAGCACCGCACUUUGAACCUUCAAUUUAAAUGUCAACCCUGGACUCUUGAAGCAUUCCCCUCGACGGACAGUGAGUGAGUGAGUGAGUGAGUGAGUGAGUGAGUGAGUGAGUGAGUGAGUGAGGAAGUGUCAGUGAGCAAGUCUUCCCCCUGUAAAUUUCACCAUAAAUGUGUAUAUUGAGUAAAGACUGAAAAGGACAGAACAAGUAGAAUUGCUGCUAAAUUGCUGCCUAAGAGGAUUGGCCGUGUCAGUGCUUUUGACUACAAUGAAUGCAUGUCAAAAUCACUCACUGAUGCAGCAUAUCACUGGAUUAGCCAUGUUUUUUUUUUUUUGUUUGUUUGUUUGUUUGUUUUUUUAAAUAUCGACCGGCAAACAACAAUGGAUAUACAGAUCAUUAAUGGGACUGAAAAUGAACCACUGGCUUCUUCAAAGACUAUCAACCUAUGCUGCCAGAUUUCAAUAGCCAGCGUAACUCAUCUUGAAUGGCACAAGAAACUUAUCAAAUAACAAACAACAUAAGAUCUUGUUUUAUCUGCUUUUAUUAAGGCAUGCCACUUACUUUGCCUAGAUUCUGUGACUUGACUUCAUUCUCUACUGACAGAUGACUACUUGAGAUUUUUGGUCACUUAUUUCUAUAAAAUUGUGUGUAUCUUUUUCCUGUCAUUCAGCCAACAGUGAAUCACAAAAUGGAGAAUGCAAACCCACAAGGUCAUUUGAAUGUUUAUUAAUAUUCAUGAUAGCAUAUGACCCCUUGAGUCCAUAACUUAUAUUUUCAGUAUUCUUCCUGUCCAUAUUUAAUUGGUUCUAUUUAUGUGCAGUGUUAUAUUCCGAUCUCUUUCUAAUAAUUCUUAUCGUCAAUCUGAAAGUCUGAGGAAAGUAAGUACAUUCCCGUAGCUGAUCGUUUCUGUGUUUCAGUUUGCCUCAAAAAUUGUUUUUCUCUGCAUAUAUAAGGGUUGUGUUGUUUCUAAAAAGCUAGGGGUGUGUGUGUGUGUGUGUGUGUGUGUGUGUGUGUGUGUGUGUGUGUGUGUGAGAGAGAGAGCAUGUAGUAUGAGAGACAGGGAAACUAAACUAGACUUUUGAGUGUGUUUUGAAGGCUCCAUACCUAUAACAAUAAAAUAUAGCCAAAAGAAAUCUUAGGCUACCAAACACCUGCUACCUUUUUUAUUUUAUUGUUGAUGUAUAGAAGAGGCUGCCUAAGUUUAGUUUAUUUACAUUCUCAUUCUCAGUUAUUUAUUUACUCCCUGUAAAUAUGUCUAGAUUUAAGGUCUUUUUGUGUU